AUGGCCACCUCCAGAGGUCUAGUUCCAUCACAGCUGCCUGGGACACAUGGGGACUUGGCUGACGUGCCAGGAGAGGACAGUGACCCACGCAGCCCUCCUGCCCUGCCACUCUGCUGCUACGUCCAUCCUGGUGACAGGACCUGUGCCCUGAGGACUUCCAGGUGCACCGAGUGCAGCUUGGUGAUCCUUCCUCAACAAGACUUAAAGGCCGUUGGAUUUGAAAGGAAGGUUGUGGGUACCUCUCGCAGUGAUGGAGCAGGAUGUGGAAAGGAGGCGGUGGUCCCUUCCCCUUCACAGCAGCCCCAAAUGAUCCCCAGUGGCUCACUGGCAGGAGGGACCAAGAGGCUCUGGUGGGAAGGAGCGAGGUGUCCCCGCCAGCUCCCUAUCAGCCGCUGUAAGCAGGGAAAAGGGGAAGGCCACGCUCGGGACGCGGUGAUAACCCAGGGGAUGCGGCAGCGUGCGAGCCGGGCACAGCCUGCCACAGCGCUGCUCGCCAUGGAGGGACCACACCGCGGCUGCCUCCUCCUGCUGCUCCUCUGCCUGCUCCCACCGCCGGGCACCCCGGGCCCGCCGCCGCCUCUGGAGCCUCCGCCGCCGUCCGGCCCCGCCGACCCCACAGCCCACCUGCUGCGCGGCCAGCCCUCGGCCCCGGUGCGGCCCUACAGCCUGUCGCUGUCCCCCGAGGAUUACCGCUACGCCCCCAAGCCCCGCCACCUGCGGCCCGGGCGGCUGCGCCGGCUCCUGGGCGCGGCCUUCGACCCCUUCUGGAUGGCGACCGAGGAGCCGCGCGGCCGCAACGGGAGCGGCCCUGAGGGGAGCCUGGAGUCCCUGAGCCGGGCGCUGGCCGAGGGCGCCGGGCGCUAUCACCGCAAGCUGUGGCGGGAGGCGGAGGGGCUGCAGCUGCCCGCCGAGCUGGCGGGGGCCCCGGCCCGCCGCCUGCGGCAGUGGCUGGUGGAGCGGGCCGCCUGCCGCCUCACCUCGGCCUGGGUGGACCUGGGGCCCGUGUUCUGGCCGCGCUGGGUGCGCCACACCUCGUGCGAGAGCGGCGGCCCCGGCUGCUCCUGGCCGCCCGGCAUGGCCUGCCGGCCCGCGCAGCUCACCCGCAUCCAGCUGCUGGCCUGGCACUGCUGGGCCCCGCCGCUGCCCGGGCCCGCCAACUGCACCUGGCGGCACAUCCCCUACCCCGUGGUGGCCGCCUGCAAGUGCUCCUGCCGCUGAGGGGCCGCCCGCUGCCUGUCCUUGCGGCCAAAAGGUCUGAGUGUCUGCCUGGACUCGCCCUGGGAGCUGGGGGGAAAAUCCCCUGGACAGAAAUAAACCUCCAGGAAGGACGUGGGGAUGGCUGUGGUUGUUGCUCUGUCUCGCCGAAACUCCUGGGUGAGGGGUGCAGCUGCUUCACCCUUCACCCAUCAGUGCUGUGAGCACUGCCCUUGUGCAGCUUUUAUCUCCAGCAAAAGAAGAGGGAUGGAAAAAUUAUGGCACUGAAGGGCAGGUUCAGACCCCAUCUGCACCAGCCACUGCCAGCAUC